CAGCUGAUAAAAGUCGGAGCUGGUGUGUCGACAACAAGCCGAACUUGCCCAGUCAUCGCCGUGUUUUCUGAUUUUGUAAUUCUCCCGGCUGUCAACGAUGAGGAUCUUGUGCCUGUUUGUUUUCGCGGCGUUGGCGCUGACGAACGACGCGCUUGUUCGAAUUCCCUUGACUAAGUUCCGUACCAUAAGACGGCAGCUGACUGACUCGGGGAGAAGAGUAGACGAGCUUCUGGCCGACAAGCACUCCCUUAAGUACAACUUUGGCUUCCCCUCCAGCAAUGCACCCACUCCAGAAACCCUGAAGAACUACCUUGACGCCCAGUAUUACGGUGAGAUUAGCCUGGGUACCCCUCCUCAGCUCUUCACUGUGGUGUUUGACACAGGUUCCUCCAACCUGUGGGUGCCCUCCGUUCACUGCUCCCUCUUAGACAUUGCAUGCUUGCUUCACCACAAAUAUAAUUCUGCCAAGUCCAGCACAUACGUGAAGAACGGCACCGCCUUCGCCAUCCAGUAUGGAUCUGGCAGUUUGUCUGGCUACCUCAGUGAGGACACAUGCACAAUUGGAGACUUGUCAGUUGAAAAGCAGAUUUUCGGAGAAGCAAUCAAACAGCCCGGUGUGGCCUUCAUCGCAGCCAAGUUUGACGGGAUCCUCGGCAUGGCCUACCCACGCAUCUCUGUGGACGGAGUGGCUCCAGUCUUUGAUAACAUCAUGAGCCAGAAGAAGUUGGAGCAGAACGUCUUCUCCUUCUACCUGAACAGGAACCCGGACACCCAGCCCGGCGGCGAGCUGCUGCUGGGAGGAACCGACCCCAAAUACUACAGUGGUGACUUCAGUUACGUCAACGUCACCCGCCAGGCUUACUGGCAGAUCCACAUGGACGAGAUGACAGUGGGCACCCAGCUGAGUCUGUGUAAGAGCGGCUGUGAGGCCAUCGUGGACACGGGGACGUCUCUGAUCACCGGCCCCUCUGCGGAGGUCAAGGCCCUGCAGAAGGCCAUUGGCGCCCUUCCACUCAUCCAGGGAGAGUACAUGGUGAGCUGUGACAAGGUCCCAACGCUGCCUGUCAUCACCUUCAGCGUGGGCGGGCGGUCGUACACUCUGACCGGAGAGCAGUACAUCCUCAAGGUAAGUCAGGCCGGAAAGACCAUGUGUCUGAGCGGCUUCAUGGGUCUGGACAUCCCCGCCCCCGCCGGGCCCCUGUGGAUUCUGGGAGAUGUAUUCAUUGGCCAGUACUACACCGUCUUUGAUCGAGAGAACAACAGGGUGGGUUUUGCCAAGGCCAAAUAAGCACAUCCUGCGUUGGAGCAACACGUUAAAGUACAAAGCUAAAAGUUUUGAAAGACAAAUCUGUGCUGCACAUGUUUUCUGUUGCUUUGCAAUCAAACAAUAUUUAGCAAUAGAUUUUGUGUAGAGUUGAAAUGCACUGAUUUGAGGAAUUUUCCAGCAGAGUUUGUGAGACAGACUGGAGACUUUAUAGGUUGUGUGAUGGCUGUACAUGAUCAGGGAUCCGUUGAUAUGUAUUGGUACUUCCCUUUUUAAGCAUCUGAGUUUAUUUUUAAUCAGGGAUUUGUUUUAAAAACACUUAAUUUUAAAAGGAAGUUGUUCCUCCACUACUGACUUUAAGAUGUAUCUUACCUAUGAUUGGCCUGAAUAAACAGUUUUUAAAGUAA